CUACACUUUCAAGAGUUUGCCUUGUCAGAACAAUUAAGCUAUAUCCUGAAAAGAAGAAAUGCCAUCUCAGAAGUAAAAGUAAUUCGACGUAUUUCUGAAUGGUAUUAAUUUUAGCAUUCAGGAAAACAAUUCACUUAACAUUAGAAGACCUUUCUCUUCAUUCGUUCAGCAAACAUUUUCUGAGUGCCUUGUGAAUUCUGGGCACACUUGGGCCAGAGUUUCAGCUGUGAACAGAAUAUGGAAUUACACGCCUAUUUUUAGGAGCUUAUGUUCUGGUGAGAGGCUGUUGGUAACACUUUUGGGGCCCAGUAGCCAACUGGGGUCUUCCCAUUGCCGCCAUCAAUGACAUGAAGAAGUCUCCGGAGAUUAUCAGUGGGCGGAUGACAUUUGCCCUCUGCUGUUACUCGCUGGCGUUCAUGAGAUUCGCCUACAAGGUGCAGCCUCGCAACUGGCUGCUGUUCGCCUGCCACGCCACCAACGAGGUAGCCCAGCUCACCCAGGGCGGACGGCUGCUCCGGCACGAGAUGUCUAAAAAUGCCUCAGCAUAACAAUGGAAAAUGAAGAACCGGCUUCUUGAAGGGGUGGCAUUGCCAGCUGCUGCUGCUGAGUCACACAUUCCACCCUAGUGAAUAGUCUUGCUAAGAGAAAUAUGCAGAAUGCUAUUUUUACUAACCAGACGAUUCUUCUAGAAAUAGCAGGGAGUUCCCAAACCCACUCUCGGCUGCCUUACAAGUACUGAAUGUUUUACUUCUCUUCAGAAAACGUAGCUCAAAUAUGCGAUCAAUGUAAUGAUUCCCAGUGAUGGUUUUAUCUGCAGUAAUAUGUAUGUUAUCUGUUAGAAGUUACCUUAUGAAAAACCGAAGAGAACAAAAUUUGUAACCAUCAGCAUUUAAGUACUCAGAAAUCCUGACCUUUCGUUUAAUGACCAUGAGACAGCUGGCAGCUGGCCACAUAGCUAAAAUCACAUUGCCAGUGUUUGAAAAGGUAUUUGUAUUUCCAUGCCGUGUGUAUAUUGAAAUGCUGUAAAUUAAUGGCAAUAAAUGAUUUAAAUAUUUGUCAAA